GUGUGUGUGCAGGAGAGGAGUCGAGCAGAGAGAGCUGCUUUUUCAUGAAACAGGAGUAAAGUAGUGAACUUACAGGAACAUAUACCACUACCAAUGUUUGGAUCGAUAUCUGCAUCGAUCUGCACACCCUUGUCUCCUGGAUUGAAGCUGAGAUCAGCGUGAACCACGUGGGUCUCUGCUCCCUGAUCUGUUUGGAAAGACUUCCAGCUUCAUCGCGGAGUUUCUCUCUGUUUGUGGGCUCAUCUAAAGCUGAGUAACAGGAGGAGAAGAGUCUGGUGGUGCAGCAGAAGAACAAUUUCAGCCAUUUGGACUCAGCUCAGCCACUACAGAGAAAACAAUGACUUCAACACAAAAAGACCAACAUGGAGCGAGAAGUCAGCGCUCUCAGGAGGCCGACAAACCUCACAGAAGAAAGCGAGAGAAAACCUACAGCUGUGAUGAGUGUGGGAAGGAUUUUACCCAGGCUGGACACUUAAAAGCUCACCAACUCACCCACAGUGGAGUCAAACCUUACACCUCUGACUUGUGUGGAAAGUCUUUUAACCGGGCUGAAACCUUAAAAACACACCGAGUCAUCCACAGUGGAGUUAAACCUUACAGCUGUGAGUUGUGUGGAAAGUCUUUUACCCAGGCUGGAACCUUAAAAAUACACCAACUCAUCCACAGUAGAGUUAAAGGUUACACCUGUGACUUGUGUGGAAAGUCUUUUACCCUGGCUCAAAGCCUAAAAACACACCAAGUCUUCCACAGUGGAGUUAAACCUUACACCUGUGAAUUGUGUGGAAAGUCUUUUACCCUGGCUGGAAACUUAAAAACACACCAACUUAUCCACAGUGGAGUUAAACCUUACAGCUGUGAGUUGUGUGGAAAGUCUUUUACCCAGGCUGGAAGCUUAAAAAAACACCAACUCAUCCACAGUGGAGUUAAAGCUUACAGCUGUGAGUUGUGUGGAAAGUCUUUUACCCAGGCUGGAAGCUUAAAAAAACACCAACUCAUCCACAGUGGAGUUAAAGCUUACAGCUGUGAGUUGUGUGGAAAGUCUUUUACCCUGGCUCAAAGCCUAAAAACACACCAAGUCUUACACAGUGGAGUUAAACCUUACAGCUGUGAGUUGUGUGGAAAGUCUUUUACCCAGGCUGCACACUUAGAAUCUCACCAACUCAUCCACAGUGGAUUUAAACCUUACAGCUGUGAGUUGUGUGGAAAGUCUUUUACCCAGGCUGGCGGCUUAAAAAGACACCAACUCAUCCACAGUGGAGUUAAACCUUACAACUGUGACCUGUGUGGAAAGCCUUUUACCCUGGCUCAAAGCCUAAAAACUCACCAACUAAUCCACAGUGGAGUUAAAGCUUACAGCUGUGAGUUGUGUGGAAAGUCUUUUACCCAGGCUGGAGACUUCAAAAGACACCAACUCAUCCACAGUGGAGUUAAACCUUACAGCUGUGACUUGUGUGGAAAGUCUUUUCAAUAUCCACAUCAGCUGAAAAAACACCAACAGAUCCACACCAGAAAGUAACUCUACAAGUGCAGUUACUGUGAGGCGACAUUGACGAUAAAAAUGUUGAAGGAAUUCCCUGACUUACACGGUCUUUGUUUAGAAGUGGAGCAGAGCACAAGGAUUCAGUUCUCAACCCUGUCGUCACUGUGGUGGUGGGAAAGAGUUUCUCUGUGACCUUUGCAGAAAACCUUCAAUCAUGAACAGGACCUAAAACCUCAUCAACAUAGACACACUGGAGACAAAAUGAACGACUGCAAAGAAUGUGGGAGAGGCUUCCACACACCAAGUACAUUAAAAAUACAUGAACCCUUCCACAGUGGGGUCAAAAAGCACAUCUGUGACGAGUGUGGGUCAUCCUUCACCACUGCACAUGAGCUCAAUGAAAAAGCAUAAGGGAAUCCACACAGGAGAGACACCAUACAAGUGCAGACACAAACGAUUCCACACUGUAAAUAAACUGUUUCACUGUUACCAAUGUGCAAAAACAUUCACUUCAUUAUCUGCUCUGUGCAAACAUCAGCCUGAUCAUGCAGGACUGAAAUCACUGGAUCACAAUGAAUCUGAAGAGAGAGAAAGAUCCUCUUCUGGUUUCUGGUUUCCUUCAUUCAUAUUUAUUCUUUUGCUGUGGUAAUCCCUUCUCUUAAAUCAUUUUCUCCCAAAACUGCAAUUAUUUUCUCAGCAGUUGCUCUUAAAACUUCCCAAAUGAACUAAAUCUGUCCACCAGCUUUGAAACAACACCUGCUGUGACUUUAUGUCCAGAAAGAAGAAACUCAAGCUAAACUGGUUUUGGGCUGUACUUCCAUAUAAUUCCAGUUUGUACCAGAAGAUGAAGCAGUGAGUCAGUGUAACCUUUAUUUAAUUGGGCAAAGAAUACAUUCGUAUUCACAGUGGCAGCAAAGUAAUGUUGAAAGUUAAAAACAGCAGCACACAUCAGGACCAUUUUAAAGAUCACUGGUGACUUUUACUUAAUUCAAAUUCCUUCAAAUUUUGGCUCCUCCUUUCACUUUAGUGUAUUUACUGUAUCCUUGAAGUCCACGUGUUGUUUAUUAAUGAAUUCAUUUUGAUCCACAUGUUCUGCAGCUGUUUUCCUGUUGAUUUGAAGUUUGUAUUAUGAAAUCCUGAUAAUGUUAAAGCGUUAGUUAUAUUUGAUGAAUGUGAAGUUUGUCCUAUUAAACA